UUGUUAUGAUGAAUUUCGGUUCUUUUUGUUUUUGUUUUUAUUUUCUUCAUAAUUUUAAUGUUGAGACUUUUCUAAAAUUGGAGAAUUAAUUUAUUAAUUUAUUUUCUUGUUCUUUUGUUCUCCUUUUUAUUUUAAACAUUAUCGUACAAUUUUUUUUACAACAGUUGUAAACAUGAGUAUAUUGGAAGGGCCACUUUGUAAAUGGACAAAUGUUGUCAAUGGUUGGCAGUAUCGUUGGUUUGUUUUGGACAAUGAUCAAGCUUUACUUUCCUAUUAUACAUCAAAGGAGAAAAUGGUUCGUGGUGAUAGGCGAGGAUGUGUACGUUUAAAAGGAGCCGUGAUUGGUAUUGAUAUAGAAGAUGAUUUUACCUUUACAAUUACCGUUGAUUGUAAAAUGUUUCAUUUUCAAGCACAAACCGCCGAGGAAAGGAUUAAAUGGGUAACCGCAUUGGAAGAAACAAUUCUUAGGCAUACACAUAGACGCCGACCAAAGAAAAGUGAACACUUUCAACUUCCCUCUAUAAAAGAUUAUGAAAGAAAAAUCUCUGAGACUGAUACUUAUCUUAAUCUUCUCAUAAAUCAAGCGAAAUACUUGGAUAGUCAAAUUGAAUCGAUUUGUGAAGAAACUGAUCGACAGAAAUUAAUUGACAUAAGAGUUUCCCUUUUGUCUCUUUUAGAUUCUGUUAAACAUACAAUUAUUCUUCUUCAAAUUGCCAAGAAUACAUUAAAUCCUAUUAAUGGUGUUUUUAAUGAAAGAAUGAACCAAAACUCAGAAGUAAUCCAACAACAACAACAACAACAAUCAACAUCAUCAUCAUCAUCUAAAGAACCACAACAAUCAACAAAAGAUUUAAAUCAACUUGAAACAAGGUCAUUCUUACCAGAUAAUCUAAAUAAUUCAACGGAUCCUGUUAAAUUAUCAUCCUCCUUAUUAUCAACCACAUCAUCAACAACAACAAAAAGAGUAGGAGGUGAAGAGGAAGAGGAAGACGAAGAGGUUAAUCAUCAUAAUUAUACCAGUGAUCUUGUCAGUGGUGUUACAGGUUCAAGGCCAGAAAGUGUUAGUUCAAAUAAUAGUGGUGAUAGUAAUAGUAACAAGUUAAAAAGACGAUUGCUUGGUGAGAUCAGUGGUUUAAAUGGUGUUCCCGAGGUUUCCUAUUCCUCCUCCGAUGAAGAGGAUUGUUUUUAUGAUGCAACCGAGGAGACACCCAAUUCACCUUCAACUGUAGUUGGUUCAAUUGAUGCUGCUUGUAAAUCUAUCGAAUCUUUUAACAUAAACUCUCUCCAUGAAUAUAAUAAUAUGGAUUCGUCAACCAUUGAUUAUGAUAAAUUUUACGAAGAAACCGAUGAUGAAGAUCUUGGCUCAUUUGAAAGCCAUGGGUCAGUUAUAUCUCACCUUUUAUCUCAAGUUAAAAUUGGUAUGGAUUUGACCAAAGUGGUUCUACCAACAUUCAUUUUAGAAAGAAGAUCUUUACUUGAAAUGUAUGCCGAUUUUUUUGCCCACCCUGAUCUAUUUAUCAGUAUUCCUGAUUUUGAAACACCAGAGGAAAGAUUCAUAGCCACUGUAAGGUGGUAUCUCUCUGCAUUCCAUGCUGGUCGAAAGGCCAGUGUAGCCAAAAAGCCCUACAAUCCCGUUCUCGGUGAAAUAUUUCGUUGUCAUUGGAAAUUACCUUGUAAUGAAAACGAUCCCUCAUCAACUACCGUUAAAGAUGGACCCGUACCAUGGGCAGUGUCUAAUGAUCUUACUUUUCUUGCUGAACAAGUUUCCCACCAUCCGCCUGUUUCCGCUUUCUAUGCUGAACAUGUUAAUAAAAAGAUUAUGUGUUCCGCUCAUAUAUACACAAAAUCUAAAUUCCUAGGACUCUCAAUCGGUGUCCACCAUAUUGGCCAAGGGUCAAUCUAUUUAUUGGAAAAAGGGGAAGAAUAUGUAAUCACUUUUCCAAGUGCCUAUGGACGUUCAAUCCUAACAGUUCCUUGGAUUGAACUUGGUGGUUCUGUAACUGUUAAUUGUCCCCAAUCAGGUUACCAUGCAAAUAUUGAUUUUUUAACAAAGCCUUUUUAUGGUGGUAAAAAACAUCGAAUCACCGGUGAGAUAUUGAAUCCGUCAAAAAAAGUGGUUCUAACGCUAUCUGGUGAAUGGAAUGGUGUAAUGUAUGCGAAAAAGGCCAACGGACCAAGUGAAAUGUUUGUCGAUACGAAAGCGAUGAAAACAAUUAAGAAAGUUGUUCAACCAAUUUCAGAACAAGAGAUUUAUGAAUCAAGGCGAUUAUGGAAAGAUGUGACUCGAGCCUUAAAAAUGCGCGAUGUAAAUUCUGCUACUAAUGCGAAAUUUGUUGUCGAACAAGGUCAACGUGAUUUAGUUAAAGAGCGUCAACAAGCAAAAGAGAAAUGGACCAAUCGGGUCUUCCACAAUUUAGGUGAUAAUUGGUAUUUUAAUCAUCCGUUAACUACAAGAUCUUCAACGAGCAAAGGAGCAACAACAACAACAACAACAACCACUACCACCACUUCACCAGCAACAUCUUGAUUAGUGAUAAUAUCAGAAAAAAUGAUUUGCUUUUAAUUGUUACUCGUAAAUCACAAUCAAUAUCAAAUUGAUCAUGAUUGCAAAUUGGAAAAUCAAUUGAUAUAUUUUUCCAGUUCCCUUACAAAUGGAUCAACUUUACGCCUUCAUCGACCAUGUUUGUUAUUAAUUAACUAAUCAAAUUUAACUCUUCAUAUAACAUCAAUGAUCAUAAUCAUCUUCACCCAAUCAUCCUAAUCAAUUUGUUAUUAUUAUUAUCAUCAAAAGAGAAACCCUAGUCGUUCCGUUCUGAUCAUUUGAAGGGAAUCAAUAUAAUUAUAUUUUUGAUCAUGAAUAAUCAUUAAGUAUGAAAAUUAAUGAUAAUUAAAAAAAGUUAGUGAGAAGAUGAGAUUAAAUUUUUGAAUUGUCAAAUUUGAAGUAGCAAUCCAAUUAUCGCAACUAUAGUUUUCCUCCCCUUUCUCUCAAUUUGAUUGUUGAAAUUUUUCAAUUAACUUUCAAAUUGAGACUAUUGAUUGUGAUUUGUAUGAUUUACCCUUUUGUCCUUAAAUUGUAAAUUGAAACAAUCUUUGCAAAGUGUCAUUAAUACAAAAUGUGGUUUUGCCAACACUUUUUUUUCAUACAAAAUUUAA